UCAUCUUGAGAUCCGUAGCUAAGUGCAUCUACAAAGAUUCUAUUUCUAAAUAAGGUCACGCUCUGAGGUUCCAGAUACAGACGCACAGGGAGGCGGGGUGGUAGUCAACCCACUGUGAGUGCCACAGUAGCUGAGCAACACGGCUAAGGGUUCAGGACUGAGCAGAGACAGCACUUGUGCCUUCUACCUGUCACCUCCAUCUGGCCAAGGGGCCAGAAGUGGGAUUCAGAACAGAAGAGGGUCUCAAUGAGGAAGAUAACAUAUAGCCUACCUAAACUAGAUCAACCACGGAAAAGAAUAAAUAAGGAAGAUUCACAGGGGAGGUAGGAGGUGGGGCUGGGUGUCACAGAAGAUGAGGAUGAAUUUAUUAACAGCUGUGGAGUAACUAAGAAGGGUAUCUUUGCUUUUGAAACCUCUGUCCAAAAAAAGAUCAACAAGGGGCAAUAAAAUGAUCACUCGCCAACUAGAGCAAAAAUGUGGGUGCACUGGAAAAAUUAGUAGCAUCCUAAGGAUCAUUCUGCUGGGGACAGUUUAGGCUUUUUUGGCCCAAGGAAUGAGUGCUCCUCUCACUGGGAAAAAGCCUUUCCAGGCUGGUCCCUGAAAGCAUCGUGCGUAGAUGCCUGUUGGUUGCCAUGGUGAAUGAUGCUGAUGUGAAGAAAUGAAUAAUGUGAGCGUUGGGGGCGACGGUGGGAUUACUCAGUGGCGAGUGAGACAUCAAGGAGAGCCCAGAGCGGAGGAAGCCACCAUUCUUUCAGCUUUGGUCCACUCUGCCUCGGAGGGUAGAGCUCUACCCAGAUACACUGCGAGAGUCAGAAUCGGGAUGAACAUCGAGGUGGGGAACGUUUCCUACACGGGCGCCAUCAUCUCCUGGUCGUCCUCGGAGCCCUGCCUGGAGGACUAUUACCAUAUUAUGUACAGGCCCAACUGGAACAGCAUCUUCUCUGGCUAUCUUCGCUACAGCUUCCACCACGAGGAGAAGGUGCCUCGAACCAUCAGCUCUGUGGCGCUGGAACACCUCGCUCCCUCCACUCUCUACUUCCUCUGCAUCAGCUGCAAGAAGGCGGCCUUCCCCUACAGGCACUACUGCACCAUGUUCCACACGCUGGAUAAGAGCCCCCUGGCGCCCGGAAGCUCCCUGGUAGACCCCCAGAUCUCGCUCUGGGUGCUGAUGGCCAUUCUGCUGGCCUGCUUCACGGCUGUCCUGGCCUUCAUCUGCCUGCAGUUCUGGUGCAUCCGUUGUCAUGAGCCUCGAUGGUCAUACAGAGCUGGCCACAUGGAGGAAGCCAAUGGGUUGGUGAGAUGGCCAGAGGAGGCCCCAGCUUUCGGUCAGAGAGAGGAAGACCUGCAGGGGCUCCCCCUGGUGGAGAUACCACGCAAGGACUCUGGGGCUGACCCAGGAGCUGAAGACCAGCGCGAUGCACCAAGCUUACCCAGGGAGGGUGGCCAACAGCCUGCCAUAUUGCCUCAUUGCAGGGAGUGAGAAGGGAGAUGACAGUCCCCACUAUGUACCCUAAAGCCCCGCCCCCCAUACCGUAGGUCUUCUGUAAAAAUGUACAGGCUACCCAGUUCUCCUCCCUCAAAUGUCAGUGCUAUUGUGGAUUCCUGGUGUCGGAUGAAAAGCUUCUCAAACUAGAAAGCAUCCCCACUCCAGGGCUGCCACAGGACAAGCAUGGCUUCGCUUCACCAGUGUCCCUCUGGGGGGCCCCACUGAGAACUGCAGGAGUUAUUCUAACAUUCAAUCAAGCAUGGGUAUAUUAUAGAAUAGAAAGAAAAAGUUUGCAUGACUUCAAUAAAGCACACACAAUACUGGAAGGAAAUGUGUGGGCCACAGAUUUGGGAUAAGGGAUCGAAUGGUCUCUUUGCGAUUUGCUUUCUGUCAUUCUUCGGAAAGCGUGAGAAGCCUCACACUGGAGUGUUCUCCAACCUGUAGGCGACCACAUUUCACCUCAUGUCCCAUUUUCAUUUUUUAAAAAUCCUGGGCCAUCUUUAUUGUUAUUGAUAAUAACACUUUCUCCUGAAGUUGGCUCACUUUUUAAAUUUUAAACGUAUUUUAAAAGAUAGCCAUACAUCACUCCUGUCAGCAAGUGGUAAGAGCUGAUCUGGGUUAACCACACUUUCCUAUCUAGACCCACCGACCCACAGGAGAAAAGCCUCUCUCACGUUAUUGUAUUUGUCCGGUCAGUUCCUCUCCUAAGUCCAGCUCUGCUUACUUUUUGAAAACAGGGUCAAAUGCGGCUAUUUUUAUUCCAGCAGAAAGACAAAUGCUGUCCUCUUUUUUGCUAGGGGACAUAUUUCACCCUCUGGGCGGCAUCCUUUAGUCCUCUCACACAAACCCUGUGGUCAGAACUGAAUCGCGCAGCACAAAACCCCAGAAUCACUGAACAACACCAUGAUGAACUGAUCAGGAAAUGAGGAGCUGGUGAGCCAAGACAAAGGGCCCACAGACCUAGUUCCCCAUGUGUCUUACUGUAGUGCCCGCCUCAGUUUCCACCCGGCAUCCGCCCACCCAGUCCAUGUCCACCCCGUCCCUGUCAGCUGAGAACAAAUAAAGAUGC